ACUAAACUUAUUAUCACAUUCACUAAUUAAUGGCAUUGCUAUUGUUAUUAUAUCUUUGUAUACAAUUUACAGAUAUUAUACAUCAAAAUGUGUAUAUUGGGAAACACAAGGUGUUAAAACAGGAUCAGUUGGAUUGUGGUCGAGGAUGACUAAAAUGUUGUUCGAGUGGGAACUGGAUCUCUACACAAAAUAUGGUAAACUUUUUGGUGUCUAUGAAUCCACACGACCCGUACUAUAUCUGGCGGAACCCGAUUUGAUUCGCGAUAUUUUGGUUAAAGAUUUUCAUAAUUUCAUAAACAGAAGAGACUUGACUACCGGAUCUGAUCCAUUGGGUGAUAAUAUGGUGACUCUAAUAAAAGAUGACAAAUGGAAAAGAGUGCGAACAGUUAUGUCGACGACAUUUACAACCGGAAAACUUAAGAAAAUGAUACCAUUGAUCAAUGAAUGUCUGCAAACAAUGGAUAAAAAUUUCAAUACAAUAUCGUUAGGCAAAACCGGAUCCGAUGUCAAGACAGUGUUUGGCACUUACAGUAUGGAAGUCAUAAUACAAGUAGCUUUCGGUACAAAAGUGGACGCUUUGUAUGACAAGAACAACCCUAUCAUAGAAAAUGCUAAAAAGUUUUUUCGCCGCAAAUUUGAUUAUCAAUAUUUCCUAUUCAUAUUCGCACCUUAUUUGGCAAAAUAUUUUAAUUUAACGCUUUUUGACAAAAAUGCGUCAAAAUUUUUCUCUGACUUUACCCUUAAGAUUAUCGAAGAUCGCAGAAGUCGUACCCAACUUACAGAUAUAAAACGAAAUGAUUUUUUACAAUUAAUGUUAGAGUCGAUUGAAAAUAGCGAUAUAAACAAUGAUAAAGAAAAUGAAGACAUCAAUGAAAACUUGAUUGACAGAGAAAAGUAUAGAGAAUUGAAAUCAACCGAAAAGUUUGAGAAAUAUUUGACAAAUGAUGAAUUUAUCGCUCAAUGUGUGCUAUUUUUUAUUGCCGGUUAUGAGGGAAACGCUACAACACUAUCGAUGGUUACAUAUUUGUUAGCAAAAUAUCCUGAAUGUCAACAAAAGCUAUACGAAGAAGUUGACCACUAUUUUAAACAUCACAAUCAGACAGAUGUUGAUUAUGAUGUAUUACAUUCAUUGAAAUAUUUGAAUGCAAUCAUUGAUGAAACCUUACGUUUAUAUCCGAUUGCAUUGUUUCUCGAAAGAGAAGCCAAUGAUGAUUACAAAUUAGGCGAAACCGGUAUUACCAUUAAAAAGGGUGGUAUAGUUCAUAUCCCAACGUUUGCCAUUCAUCGCGAUCCGGAAAACUUUACCGAUCCUGAAGUGUUCAAACCAGAGAGGUUUAUGGCGUCAAACGUAGAACACCAUCCCUACGCUUAUCUGCCAUUCGGUGCCGGACCUCGUAAUUGUAUUGGUAUGCGAUUGGCACAGAUGGUCAUCAAACUGGCUCUUGUAUCGGCUGUACAUAAAUAUAAGUUUCACGACACAGGGAAACCGAUUAAAUUUUAUGAUAACGUGGGUUCAAUGACAACUAAAAACAUGUUUCUAAAAGUUGAGAAACGUCUACAAAAUGCUAACUAA